AGUGCAAUACCGACCGCUGCUGUGUUCAAGCGUGAGCACUGCGUUCGUGCUCAGAACGAAAACAAUUCGCGAGUUAAAGUUUUAUUGAUGCUCAAAAACACACUCGAAGCUAUUAUUUAACAACUCUAAUGAAAACAAUGAUAUUUAAAUAGCAACCUGUAUGUGUAUCGCCUUAACUUAAGUUUAUAGACUUUUGUUUAAAGUACGCCUUGGAUUAACUGGCAGAAUUAAAAAGAGCGUCUGAUUAUGGAGGCGCCACUGCACGCCUCACAACGACGACGAAAAACGGUCUCUGGAGUUCGAGCAACAGAUUAAACGAUCACAAGAUGCUCUUAACGUUGAAUAUGGACGUACUGAUGGACGUGCGUACCCGCCAGAUCUCCUCUCAUUCCCAGCAAGAGCGGCUCAGAUAUCUCCUGCAGCAAGCAAUGCAUCAACAGUGCCCGAUACUAGCCGUUUGCAAAUUAAUCCUGUCAGUCCAAUACACUCUCCUAUUUAUGGUGGGGCAAUGAAUCAAAAUAUAUUUAGGACUUUACCUUAUUCUCGUUCGCAGUCUCCUUUUACGGCACCCAUAACACCUCCAAAUAUUCCGCCAAGACAAGGAUAUGUGACCAUUCCAAGAAGACCAAGAGUGCCAAGCUGGUCUAGUACGGCCAGUACCCAAAUUCUUCCUAGCACUGAAGCUCAGGAACCAUUGUAUGAUAAUCUAGGCUUAAGGACUACAGCUGAUGGCAGUUCAGUACUUUCUUUGAACAAAACAGGACUCGAACAACAAUUUUCCCCAAUGAGAAAUAGGCCCCUACCAGCGACACCUACAGUAUAUCCGAAUAUUCAUCAGUUAUAUUACGCACCUAUUGAGGAACAGGAACCGGCUCCUUCGCCAGUACCACCAGCUUUCGUACCUAAUAGAAACAGUAUUAGUUCACAAUUAUCUACACAGUUGUCUACGCCUGGUCCUCAAGAGCCCGUUAGUCAACGAAUGAGCUGGACGGCAAAGAGUACAUCUACACCCCAACCCGAAGCCAGAAAAACUUUGUUCACUAAUACCGAUAACAGAAACUCGGAUGCCCAAUCACAAGUUUCAGAAAGCAGCACUUUGAGUCGUAAGGGAAAACCUGAAACUGGGUCCUUAAGGAAAAACAUUAGAACAGACAGUAAAGAAGAGCCAAGUUCACCGGCUAAAGACGACACUAAAAAGAAUGAAAGCAACGUGUCGUUGAACCAAUCGGGGACUUUGGGAAGGAGUGGAAAGAUUCCUCCGAGACCACCGCCUAAACCCAAGAAAAAACCACCCACAGAAGUAAAUCCCAACGAACCUCUGUUCGAAGAUGAAGGAGAAGACGGUACGGAAGUGUAGUAUUUGUGAAUUGUGUGAAACUAAAACUACCAAGUGCCAAUGAGCUUAUAGUGGUUACGUCACAGUGACUAGAUGACCUGAGAAAAGUGCAAUCGGAUGAUUAGUUUUGCGGUGCUCGUGUACAUAAAUCUCGUGCUAGAUUUUUUACUAUUGCGUACAAGUAUAUAACGGACCAUUUGCAAGUUUUAACGUAAGUUUAACGUAGUUAGAUUAACAUGCCAUUUUGAACGAAGUGUAAACAUAUGACCUUGUACACCUUAUGUUACAUAUUUUAAGUAUUUAUUAUUUAUGGUACUGUUGUUUUAAAGCAGUGUGAUGGUAGCUGUUUAUAACUUGCCAGUUACAUCGAUAUGUCUGCGUCAUUUCCAAGACUGACUAUUCUAAAUUUGAAUUUCAUUCAUGACAUUCCUGUAAACAGCAUUAGCGAUAUUUCCAGUUUUUUUCUUUCAUUAUAUUUUAUAGCUAUGCUAGAUUGUUUCUAACACUAGAUAGUGAUUUGGAAGACUGAAACGAAAUUGUUAUUAGCUUUUGCACUAUUGAUGACGUCAAUAGUACACAUAAAGCGAACUGAAUUCGUUCUUCUAAUAACUAAAAAUGAAAUCACACACGUUACACAAAAUUUUAUUGAUCUCAACAGCAAUGUUUUUAAAACAGUUUAGUUUAAUGACACUACCUUUUAAGAUUUUGUUUAGAAUUUUAAAGUUAUACUUCAUUAAAGCGUUGAUAAUAUUUUGAAAAUAUCACGUAUAUUUGGCAGUAUGAAGUUGACCAUAGAAGAGUAAAAUAUGACCAAGUCGCUCGCCACAAUUAAUAAAAUUUCAUAAACCGUAUUUACCAUCUCGCUCCAGAAGUAUAACUUCUAAUGCGCGUACAUAAAUUCAUUCCUCCAUUUUUAAAGUCUGCAUUAUGUGUGAUUUCCAUCAUUGUUGUGUACUAAAAUAUUUAACUUUCUUUCUUCUAAGUUAACAUUAUUUUAGGUAGUAUUCCUGUCAGUUUGACUUAGAUCGAGUGAAUCGCUGUUUUAACUGGGGUUUUAUUACGAGUAGACAUUAUUAAGAUGGUUCUGUAGGCCUUUCAACUUUGGGCUUGAACUGGACGCUCGAUUUCGUGUCUUGUUCCAUCAAUAGUGAAUAUAGUUCCUAAAAUGACAAUUAUUUUACGACGUGUACAUUAAGUCGAUAUUAAAAUAGUUUGAUGGUUUUUAUAUAUGGACAUCUUUUACUUUUCACUUUUCCCUUAGAUUUUUAUUGGUCCAUGUAAAAACAGCUCCGCGAUAUAUAUAUCCACGAUGUUUCAAUGAUAUUAAGUAAAUUUUAUUACGUAGUGCAAGGCGUCUUGAAGAAAUAAUUUUAUAUUCGCGCUGAGACUUGUACUGGUGCUAAUAUUUGUAUUUUAUUUCAGCCUAUUUAUUUUAAUAGCACUCAGUAUUUACUCCUUGCACAAAUUGCAAUACAUUUUCUAAGUGAGGGAAUCGAUGAAGUGAUAAUUUUAAAUUUACCAACACUUAGGUUUAUACAGCAUGUUUGGUUUUUAAACUAGACAUUACUGGCAUUGUUUUAAUAUGUGUUUCCACAUAAUUUUUAUGCAUUCUUUUUAGAUGUGUAUUAUAUUUUUAACAUGAAGUAUUCAGAAUGUAAAACAAAUAUGGUACAGUAAUUGAAAAUUAUAAUUAUAAUAUUUACUUACAGGUCAAAUUAUGUGUCUGAUAGUUCGCUUAAUCUGUAUCUUUUAUUCCACGUUUACUUUGUCGCGGAAUGUACAAUGUACGGUAUUUUUACAAUUUUACAUCCAGUUUUUUUUAAUGUAGUUUUUAAGCGCUAUGUGUACAUACAAACAUAUUAUUAAAAGUGAUUAAAGCUAUAUUUCAGU